AUGGCCAUGGCAUUUCCCCUCAUGAUACUCGCACUUCUCUUCCUAUUGCCAAUGACCGUGCUCGCUGCUCCUUCCCUUCCUAGCAACAAUGGCACUGACCUCGCCGCGCUGCUCGAGUUCAAGGCUCAGCUCUCCGAUCCUAUUGGCAUUCUUGGUCAGAACUGGACAACCGGCACAUCCUUCUGCCACUGGGUUGGCGUCUCUUGCAGCCGGCAUCGGCAGCGCGUUACCGCUCUGGUGCUGCCAGGCAUGCCGCUCAAAGGGACGGUCUCCCCGCAUCUUGGUAAUCUCUCUUUCCUCCAUGUCUUAAACCUCACCAACACAAACCUCACGGGCUCCAUCCCACCUGAUAUUGGUAGAUUGAGUCGUCCCGUUGUUCUUGAUCUUGGCCUUAACGAAUUGUCAGGUAUAAUCCCUCGUACCAUAGCAAACCUCACAAAGCUAGAAGCCCUUGUUCUAUUAAAGAAUGCUCUCUCUGGGCAAAUACCGAAUGAUCUGCACAGCUUGGGCAAUCUUAGGAACAUACAACUUGGGACAAACGACUUAAGUGGCCUAAUACCAAAUCAAUUGUUCAACAACACGCCUUUGUUAGUUGUUCUUGGCUUAGGGAACAACAGCCUAACAGGUCCGAUACCACCUGGUAUUGCCUCGUGUCCCAUGCUUGAGUACCUCAACUUGCAAGCAAAUCAACUAUCUGGUCCGGUACCUCUAAUCAUGUUCAACAUGUCCAGAUUACAGGUUAUGAGCCUCGCGGGAAACUAUUACUUGACAGGAUCCUUCCCUAGCAACCAAAGCUUUAGUCUGCCGAUGUUGCAAGAGUUUCAUAUUGGUGAAAACAAUUUCACAGGUCAAAUUCCACCAGGACUCGGAUCAUGCAAACACCUCCAAGAACUUACUCUGCCCGUGAACUCCUUUCUAGACUUCGUCCCAACAUGGCUCGGUGAAUUGCCACUUCUCACUUUCCUUAGUAUAGGUGGAAAUGACCUUGUAGGUUCGAUUCCAAGUGAGCUUGAUAAUCUUACUAUGCUCAGUAUACUUGACCUUUCAUCUUGCAGCCUAAGCGGAAAGAUUCCUCACAAAUUAGGACAAAUGAGUCAACUCACGCAUUUAGAUCUUUCACAUAAUCAACUAGCAGGGUCAUUUCCAGCUUUUUUUGGUAACCUAUCCAAAUUGUCUACACUAAAACUAGCAUCGAACCAGUUAACUAGACCAAUCCCAAAAACUAUUGGGAACCUCAAAGCCCUUGAGAUGCUCGCUUUCGGAAGCAAUCCUCUUGAGGGAACACUUGAUUUCUUGGACACUUUAUCCAACUGCAUACAACUCCGAACACUAGAAAUAGAUAACUGUUCUUUCACCGGGGUCAUUCCCGAUCACGUUGGAAACCUCUCUAGAUACUUGACAUACUUUGAUGCAGACAGAAACCAUUUAACUGGUGGUUUUCCAGCAUCAAUCACAAAUCUAAGUGAUCUGACAGUAAUAAGCUUGUGUUACAACCAACUAACAGGCAUAAUCCCUAAAUCCAUUGCACUGUUGCAGAAUCUCGAGGUACUUGACCUAACUGCGAAUACCCUGUCUGGCCCAAUCCCAUCUCAAAUUGGUAAUCUGACAAGAUUGCACAUAUUAUCUCUCCAAGAAAAUAAUUUUUCUGGUGCCAUACCAAAUGGUGUUGGUAACUUAGGUAUGCUAGAAAUCAUUUCCCUAGCACAUAAUGACUUGUUUUCGACCAUACCUGAAAGUUUAUUCCACCUCAGUAACCUUCGCCAAUUAUUUCUAUCAAACAACUCCUUUACCGGUGGAUUGUACCCGGAUCUUGGUUCCAUGGAAGCAAUAGACACGGUAGAUAUAUCUGCCAACAACUUGGUUUGUAGCCUCCCAACUUCAUUUGGACAGCAUGAUCUGUUAAGGUACCUUGAUCUAUCACACAACGAGCUGCAAGGUCCAAUCCCAGACUCUUUCAAAAACUUAAUCAUCCUAGAGGCAUUGGACCUAUCUUUGAACAACUUGUCUGGCACUAUCCCAAAGUAUUUUUCCAACUUUACUUCUCUGACUAGCUUGAACCUCUCAUUCAACAAAUUCCAAGGUGAGAUACCAGAUGAAGGUAUUUUCUCAAACAUCAGUGCACAAUCCUUGAUGGGAAAUACUGGAUUGUGUGGCGCCCCACAUCUUGGAUUUUCGCCAUGCCUUGGCCAUUCUCACCCAACCAACAAACACUUGCUAAGAUUUGUGCUCCCAACUGUCAUAAUAGCAGUCGGAGUUAUAGCAAUUUUCUUAUGCCUAAUGUUCAGAAAGAAAAAUAAGCAUCAACUGACUGUUCUGACUUCUAUUACCAUGCCUGAUCCGAUCAGCCAUAGGCUAGUAUCCUACCAUGAGAUUGCCCGUGCCACUGAAAAUUUCAACGUGGACAACCUACUUGGAGUUGGAAGUUUUGGCAAAGUUUUCAAGGGCAAACUGGACGAUGGUUUGGUGGUCGCGAUAAAAGUGCUCAACAUGCAAUUCGAGCAGGCUGUGAGGAGCUUUGAUGCUGAAUGUCAAGUGUUGCGGAUGGCUCGGCAUCGCAACUUGAUACAGAUACUGAAUACCUGUUCCAACUUGGAUUUCAGAGCUCUGCUGCUCCAGUACAUGCCCAAUGGUAGCUUGGAGACACACUUGCACUAUGGAAAUAGUGAACCACUAGGAUUCAUCAAGAGACUGGACAUUAUGCUUGGCGUGUCGGAGGCAAUGGAGUAUCUACAUCAUCAUCACGGUCAAGUUGUCCUACACUGUGACCUGAAGCCUAGCAAUGUGUUAUUUGAUGAGGACAUGACGGUGCAUGUCGCUGACUUUGGCAUUGCGAAGUUACUUCUUGGCGAUGACAACUCCAUGAUCUCAGCGAGUAUGCCAGGGACAAUUGGUUAUAUGGCCCCAGAGCUUGCAUACAUGGGGAAGGCAUCACGGAAGAGCGACGUGUUCAGCUUCGGGAUCAUGCUGCUCGAAGUCUUCACCGGGAAGAGGCCCACGGACCCCAUAUUCGUUGGCGAUUCUAGCCUCAGACAAUGGGUUUCCCGAGCAUUUCCAGCAAGACUUGUCGACGUUGUUGACAAUAAGCUGCUGCAGCUUGAAGAGAUAAGCAGUCAUGGCUUUCAUCACCAGACUAAUGCUCCGCCAUUGGAAUUGCCUUCCACUGCCUCCAACACUAGCUUUCUCGUGUCGACAUUCAAGCUAGGUCUAGAGUGCUCGACCGACUCUCCGGACCAGAGGGUGAGCAUGAGCGACGUGGUCGGAAGGCUGAAGAACAUCAAGAAGGAUUGCUCUGCUUCUAUUGCAGCGAAUCAAGGGGCUCCGCGGUAUUAG